AUGAACAACGAUUCUCUAAAGCAGCUAGCAAGAUAUCAUCCGAACCAUCCUGAACCGAAGAAGGUAGCUGAAUUUUUCGGAUUCAUCAAGGAUGUAAACUAUGUUGAUCCUGAUCCAGUUAAUCACCAAAACUGGAGGAAUGAAGAGGAGAUGAAAGAAGCUGCUUAUGCUGAUGAGUUAGAGGCGCUUGAAGGGUUUAAAGCAACUCGCAAUAAUUUGUUUUUGAAAGAACCGAGGAAGAGAAGCAAGAAGGCCACCCCUAAAGCACAGAAGGGUGAAGGGUCAUCAUCACAGCCUAAGAAAAGACAAAAGAAAGCUGCAAAGACUUUGCUUAUUGAUGAGCCUGAGAAAGAAGAACAAGUUGAAAAUGUUGAAGAUAAUCAAGAGUCUGAUAUGGAGGAUGUGUUGAAGAACAUUGAUUACGAAUUAGUUUCAGAUAAAGCAGCUGAUGUUAGUCAGAAAGAAAAAGUUGCUGAUAAUAUAGAAGGUGAUGACGUUGAUAAAAGUACUACAAGUUCUACGAGUUCUUCUGAUGAUGAAAUAGAUGAAACUGAACGUUUAAGAAGAAUUCAAGAAGAGACAGAAAAAGAGAAACAGUUGAGAAAGAGGAAGAGACAGGAGAAGGAUGAUGCUGCAUACAUUCCAUCUCCUGAGCAUGUAUCUGAAUCUCAAUUGCCUUCAAGUGGUAGAAAGAAAGUGGGUGCGAGGAAGAGGAUUGUUUCACCAAAGAUAAAGAAAGUUACUCCAGAGAUUGUUCUGAAGAAGAAACCAUCUAAAGUACCAAGUAGACCACCAACACCACCACCUGAACCUACACCACAUCAAUCAUCAAUACAAUCACCAUCACAUGAAACAUCUCCAAGACAACCUUCACCACCAAAAUAA